AUGAUAUACGAUUAUAACUCAACUGAAGAGGUUUAGGUUUUAGAAGAAAAGUUAAAGUCUUAUCAAUUCCCUUAUUGCUCCAAAGGUGGUGAUCACACAGCACAUUAACUUAAUAAAUUCUGUAUUGAUACUAAGUGCAGAAAAGAUCAAAUUCUUGAACCUCAUUGCAUUAUUUGUGAAGAAUACAGAACUCACAACACCCCAACCCACGUUACUAAGCCUUUAAAGUUGGCCAUCAGAGAUUUGAUUACUUAAGUAUGUGAAACAGAAGAAGACAAAAAAGUGGAAGAUGAAAUCGAAAUUAACCUAUUGAAAAUUGCUUAAGAUUACAAGGCUUUAGCAGAUAAACUUUAUAAGCUUUCAGAUGAUGCCUAUGCAAGUUUAGACAUUUAUCGUUUAACUAUGAGCAAAGAAAGCCCUAAGAAGAGAGAAGUCAGAUAGAUUCUUUAUGAGCUACUUUCAAAUGAAUAGGAAACCAAUUUAAGAACAUGCUUGAAAAAGCUUGUUCCUUUGACUAUGAUAGACAGAGGAACAUUGAUAGUUACAGAUGAAGUAAAUAUGUCAAUAAAAAGAGCUGUUGAAUCUAAUAGCGAUAAGUAUAUUUAAAUUAUGCGUGACUCACUUCGUAGACUUUCUUAGUUAACUGAGAGUCUCUUAGAAAUCAGCAUCCUUGAAGGUUAUGAAGAAAUGAAUGGCAAUCUCAAAGCAGAAGAUAUGGACGGUUAUGAAACAUUCAAUAGUACCACAUAGAAUGGUAAUGGUGCUUAAUAACAAUCAAACGGAGCUUCUUCUCCUGAUAAAAAUCAGACUUAAAAGAGAGAAAGAAGAAAAAAAAAUCUAGAAGAAAAAAGAGUAUUCUUAGAAAAGGAAAUAGAAUAGCAUAUAGUCAAAUGCAAUAAUAAAAAUUGCGAAGAAGUAAAGCCGAACAAAGGAAUAGGUUCGUGGAGAAUUACAGAUUGCUAUUAUGGUAGAAAACUUAAUGAGGAAUGGUUAAAAGUGUUAAAUCAUCUUCAAUAUGAAGCACAUUGA